UGGAAUAAUCUAUGGUCUCUAUGGUUGAGGUUGAGUGACACCAAAAUAUAUUAAUUAAUGUCGAUCCAUAAUACAUACUUUUUACUAAAUAAAACAUAAAUCUAGUAAACCUAUCAACCUGAUCACAAUUAAUAUUAAUAUUUGUGUGUGAUAUAGAUUCAGUGAAGUGAUACGAAAGGAUUAGGUUUACGCCUGAGAAAUGACGCGGAUGUGUAAAAUAUAUUCUCAAUAUGGCCGCCAAAUUGUGUUCUUAAUUCCCGGUUGUUUACAGCGGCUCAAAGAACAAUUACUUUUUAAGUAAAUUUAUGAUAUUGAACGAAAUUAAGUGAUGAACAGGUGUUUUUCAUUUAUACCUGAAGUGUGAAUUAAGAAUUUUGUGACUAGAUAAUAAAAAAUCAACAGUUUUGAAACAAAAAAAUUUAUAUUUGUAAGAUUAAUAAAUUUUGAAUCGCGAUGUCACAAUAUGAACGCCCACGAUGAUUUUACUGCGGCUCCGAACUUCGGUGCAGCCCCACAACUCAUGGGUGUGGAGCGCGUCGGCAGCUGCAUGCGCGCUAUUAAUGGCGGCGUGGGAGCGGGCGCGGCCGAAUCCGAUCAACAUGUCGCAGAUGAACCGCCGCGCAAGAGAGCGCGAGUUGCCGCUCCCGCCAUCACCAGCCCGCACGACCUGCGCCACGCCCUCCUCGACGCGCAGCUGCUGCGUCUGCGCACUCUCCGCGACGCCUUCACCGAGCAGCUUAGCGAGCUCUACUUUCUGCAGGCAGGCGGUAACAUGAUGGACUAUGCGGCGUGGCGGCGGCAACCGCCUGCCCCCGCUCUGCUCGCCUUUCUGGAGUCGCGCCGACCCGCACCACCUCCUUCGGAUUUACCACCUGCACCCAUUGCCGCGCCUCCUAUCACGCCUGCCGACGAAGUAGUAGAAAAGGCUAAACAAGAGGCGUACGUGGCGCGACGCGUGGCCGAGCUCGCUCGCGCCGGCCUCUGGUCCGAGCGGCGACUUCCGCGCGUGCUGGAACCGCCUCGUCCCAAGACUCACUGGGACUAUCUACUCGAAGAAAUGGCGUGGCUUGCCCAAGACUUCGCUCAAGAAAGAAAAUGGAAGAAACAGGCCGCUAGAAAGUGCGCUCGAGCUGUCCAAAAAUAUUUUCAAGAUAAAGCUCUGGCGGCGCAAAAAGCAGAGAAGGCUCAAGAAAUGCAAUUGAAAAAAAUUGCUGCAUUUGCUGCUAAAGAAAUAAGAACUUUCUGGUCCAAUGUUGAAAAGUUGGUAGAGUGGAAGCGAGUGCGACGAGUGGAGCGAGCACGAAAAGAAGCUUUGGACGAGCAGCUGAGCUACAUCGUCGACCGCACCGAGCGGUACUCGCGCCAGCUCGCGGCCAACCUCGCCUCCGCGCCCGCCUCCGAGCCCGCCUCCGCGCCGCCCUCCGACCCGCCCUCCGACGACGAGUUCACGCCGCGCGGCGCCUCCGACGACGACGAGGAGACCAUCGCCGCCGCAGAGCGGGAGGCCGGAGACGACGACGCCGCGCAUCGCGCCGAGCUCGAGGCGCUGCAGCGGGAAUCCAACCUCGAGCUCGACGCCCUGCUCCCCCCGGGAUACCUCCCCGAGCGCUCGCCCCCGCCCUCCGACUACGCGCCCGACGACGACUCUGCCGACGACGAGACCACCAUCGCGGAACAAGAACGCAAAGAGCGAGCUCUGGACGCCGCCGACGAAUUGGACGAGUUGAAAGCCGACGCCGAUCUCGACCUCGACGAAUUGCGUCGUAGGUACUCUCGUCCACCGGAAAACGAAAUCGAUCUUUCCGAUUCCGCCCCGGGAGAGCUGUCCGACGAUGAAAACACCACACAGACAGACACCGAAUCGGAGGCGGAUUCGAUGUCGAGUUCCGAGCCCCUCGAGAGUCUCGUUCGCGCAGAACAAACUGCCGGAGAUUCGGAGCGGCGCGUGGAGGAGGCGGCUUCCCUGGCGGCCACGCUGCAGCCCACCGGCACCACGCUGUCCGAGACGGCGGUGGGCACGGCCGUCCCGCGGCUGCUGCGCCACGCCCUGCGCGAGUACCAGCACGUGGGCCUGCACUGGCUCGCCACCAUGCACGCGCGGGGCCUCAACGGCAUCCUCGCCGACGAGAUGGGGCUCGGCAAGACCGUGCAGACCAUAGCCUUGCUGGCGCACCUCGCGCUCGACCGCCACGACUGGGGCCCGCACCUCGUGGUCGCGCCCACUUCCGUCGUCCUCAACUGGGAGAUGGAGUUCAAGAAAUGGUGCCCCGCUUUUAAGAUACUCACUUACUAUGGUACUAUAAAAGAACGUAAACAAAAACGUGUCGGCUGGACGAAAGCUAAUUCUUUCCAUGUCUGCAUAACUUCCUACAAACUCGUUGUGCAAGAUCAUCAAAGUUUCCGCCGGAAGAAGUGGAAAUAUUUAGUGUUAGAUGAAGCUCAAAAUAUUAAGAACUUUAAAUCUCAAAGGUGGCAGUUACUACUCAAUUUUCAAACCGAAAGGCGGCUGCUGUUGACGGGGACGCCGCUGCAGAACAGUCUACUGGAGCUGUGGUCACUGAUGCACUUCCUGAUGCCGGACGUCUUCGCCUCGCACUCGGAGUUCCGCGAGUGGUUCGCCGAAGUGGGAGCCAUGGCCGAGGGCGCGCGCUACGACGAGGCGCUGGUCCGCAGACUGCACGCCGUGCUGCGCCCCUUCCUGCUGCGCCGCCUCAAGCGCGACGUGGAGCGCCAGAUGCCGCGCAAAUACGAGCACGUGCUGCUCUGUCGCCUGGCCAAGCGCCAGCGCUUCCUCUAUGACGACUUCAUGUCGCGCGCCAAGACGAAAGAAAGUCUCGCUUCGGGAAACUUGCUGAGCGUCAUCAACGUCUUAAUGCAACUGCGGAAAGUGUGCAAUCAUCCGGACUUGUUCGAGCCGCGACCCGUGACCUCUCCGCUGCACGUGGGCGCGCUGCGCUACCGGGUGCCCGCCCUGGUGCUGGUGUCCGCCGUGCGCCGCCGGACGCUGUUCUCCGCCGCCCUGGCCGGCGACCUCGCCGCCCUCGAGUUGUCCGGCGCCGGCGCUUUCACCGCCCACCGCGCACGUCAUCUGGCGCCGCCGAGACGAGCUUUCGACGAAGCGACGGACGCUCGGCGUCGACCGCCCCCGCGCCCACCGCCUGCAUCGUUACGUUUACACUUGCGACUGGUGCCGCGAGUGAGUCCCGCGAACGCGCCCCCCCCGCCCCCUGUGGCGAUGGCGACCGCGCGCCCGCCCCCCGCGCCCCGCUCGAUCGCGACCGAGGCGGCGGCGCCCGGGAGCGCGGCGGCGGCGCGGCUGGCGGCGCGGCGGCGGGCCUGCGUGCGGCGCCUGGCGGCGACCAACGAGCGGCGCUGCUGGCGGCUGCCGCUGUACGGCGCGGACCUGCGCGCGGCGGCCGACGUGGGCGGGCCGCCCGUGCCGCCCAGAGACCUCACCGACAUUCUGACCGAGCUCCACGAUGUCAUAGAUAAGUUUAGCAUAUGUUGGAUGUCGGCGCGAGCGGACGCGCUGCAGCUGGAGGCGGGGGCGGGCGCCGGCUCCUGGAGACGGCUCGCCGCCCUCAUGCACGCCGCCCUCGCCCCUACAGCCCGCGCCGCCCUGGCCGCCCUACACGAGCCUGCUUCGCGGCAAGCCGUCGCCUUCCCGCAUCCGUCUCUACUGCAGUAUGACUGCGGCAAGCUGCAGACCCUGGCCGCCCUGCUGCGCCGUCUCAAGUCGGGCGGUCACCGGGUCCUCAUCUUCACGCAGAUGACUCGAGUGCUGGACGUACUCGAGGCGUUCCUGUCCAUGCACGGACACACCUACCUGCGGCUGGACGGCGCCACGCGGGUGGACCGCCGGCAGCCGCUCGUGGACCGGUUCAACGCGGACGCCCGCAUCUUCGCCUUCAUACUGUCCACGCGCAGCGGCGGCGUCGGCCUCAACCUAACGGGCGCAGACUCCGUCGUCUUCUACGACUCUGACUGGAACCCGACCAUGGACGCGCAGGCGCAGGACCGCUGCCACCGCAUCGGCCAGACGCGCGACGUGCACGUGUACCGGCUCGUCACCGCCGCCACCGUCGAGGAGAACAUUCUGCGGAAGGCAGAACAGAAGAGGACGCUCGGACAUCUAGCGAUCGAAGACGGAAACUUCACCACGUCCUAUUUGCGCGGGGCGAACAUCAAAGAGCUAUUUGGCUCGGAGACGAACGUGGUGACGGAGGAAGAAGGCAGCGGCGCAGCGGCGGGCGGCGCGGCGGCGGGCGGCGCGGCGGCGGGCGGCGAGCUGGAGUGCGCCCUGGCGGCCGCCGAGGACGAGGCCGACGUGGUGGCCGCGCGCGCCGCCCGCGCUGAGGCGCAGCACGACCUCGCAGAGUUCGACGAGUCGCUCCCGCUCGACGACGAGCCGCACGCCGCCGCCCGCGACCCGCACGUGGCGCAGCUCGCCGCGCUCAUGAUGCAGCUCACGCCGAUCGAGAAGUACGCGAUGCGCGUGGUGGAGAGCGGCGAGGCGGCCAGCGAGGCGGAGCGCGCGGCGCUGGGCGAGGCGCGGCGCCAGCAGCGCGAGUGGGAGAGCGCGCGCCGCCGCCUGCGCGAGGAGGCGGCCCCGCCCUCGCCGGCGCUGUGCUACGCGCGCGCGGACGCCGAGGCGCAGAUAUGGAUAAGCGGAGCAGAAGAACGCAUGCCGGUAAGUGACGCCACGGCAGUCGGCGCCGCCCUCUGCGCCCUCGAGCUCAUCCGUCCGCUCUCUUCGCAGAUGUGGUGUCCGCCCACUCCGCCUUCCGGCGACGGUGACGUUUACUGUGAAAGCUGGGCGCGCGCACUCUACCGCCCCGGCGCCGCGCCCGACACCGUCCUGCCGCCCGCCCCCCGCCGCGAGCCCCGCGCGCUGCGCGACCAGCGCCGCCUCCGCCUGCAACCGAGACCCGCCGCCGCGCCGCCCUCGCUGUUCGAGCGAUCCGGCCCGCGGCCUCGGCCCCGGCCUCGCGCUCCGACGCACGCCCCGCCCCCGCCGCACGCUCAGCCUGAUUGGUCUGCCGCCGAAGACGCCGCCUUGCGUCGCGCACUUCGCUUGCAGCGCUUACCCGCCGAACCUCCACCCGCUCUUGCGCCCAAUUGGGACUGGGUCGCAGAACUCGUUAACGAGGCAGCUCGCGCCUUCCGCUCGGCGCGGGCGUGCCGCGACCGACACGACACCCUCGCCGACCCCGAGCGGGCCCGCCGCCGACACCGCCGCCCGCCCGCCGCGCGCCGCCGCCCGGACGACGAGCGACCCCGCCCUCCGCUGCACCGCCUGGACGCCGUCCGCGACGCCAUCGAGAGGAGACGGUCGACACCCAAGCGGCGCCUCGACGACGCUCCGCACCGCAAUCCCAAGCACGCCCAGCUGCUCGCCGACCACGGAGUUGCUUACGAUACUCCGCCGACUCCGAUGGAGGUGGCGGCUCGACGCGCCGACCGCAUAGCGAGAGAGAAGCUGAAGGUGGGAGUGGCCACACCCGCCGCGGCCGCCGCCACCGCUCCCGCCCCCUCUCCUUCCCCGUCAGCGUCGGCAGUGGGUGCCGGGGUAGGGAUGACUCAGCGCGUAGUGGUGGCGGCACCGGUGAAAGCGGACAUGCGGCGCGCCCGCCCGACUGCCGUCGGGGAAUCACCGCGACCCGCAGCCGUCUCUUCCGCCGUUACCGCCGCGCCUGCCGCACAGCUACUCUAUCGUCAACAAGCCUUCCCCGCCAGACAUCUCAAGAUCCUCCAUCAAGCCGUGCCACCUUCAAUCCAGGGCGCACCGAGCGGCGGCGAGGGCGCGGCGCUGCGCAAGCUGCAGCUGCAACAGGUCCGGCGCGCGGCCUCGCCCCGCCCGCCGACCCCCGGCCCCGCCCCCCCGGCGCCCCCCGCCCCCGCACACGUGGUGGUAGCGCAUCUCGGGCCCUCGGCCGCGCGCCCUCCCCCCCCGCCCUCCGAAAGUAGACAAUAAAUAUUAAUGUUACACUUACCA